UCCAUCGCAAUGGUCGUUCACAUUGCUCUCAUAAUACUUUUGGGCCCAAGUUCGCUACUAAGUCCAGUUCAGGCAAUCAGGAGCGAUAUUUAUGGACAACUGAUUGGACUUGUCGCCACACAUUUGAAUGGAAGCUUAUUGGAUUUUAAUACUUGGACUAAGGACAUUAGUUCGUCAUUAAGCGAACAAGAACAGCAGCGAGUGGCAUGGAAUGUUCCCUGGUCGGAUAUUUUACACAGACAAAAGUCACCACUAUAUCUGCAAAGCCAUCUCAAUACUGGGAAUCCCUUCAAGCUCAGGCUUUGGAUGAGCCUCUAUUGGCACCUUAGGCGCUCCCACCUUCUGAACGAGCUCCAUCUUUCAAACUUUGCCCGCGAACUGAGAAGCCUCAAAAGUAAUCAUCCAGAGCUGUGGAACAAUAAUCUCCAAAACAUGUUGCAGAGUUUGCCAAGAUCUUUGAGGCUUCUGGUGAAAACUCGGCGCUUGUGUCUGGAACACAAAAAGGAGUUGUUGUACAUAACUGCUGGAAAUCACUUGGCAUUGGGCGCCAAUAGUAACUGCAGCAUUUGGGAGGCUGAGGAGGAGAACAGGGAUCACUGGCUGAGACUCGUGAAUGUCUGCGAUGAUAGCAGCCCUUUCUUCAUCAGCAUGCUAUCACAGGGUGCAACUCAAGUCCUGUUCAGUGCGCCCAACGAUGUGGCAAACGCCUUUUGCGUGCUAAGGGGUGUGGCUUAUUUUGAGAAGGUCUUAAAUACGGAAGGUAAUUGCCAUUGGCAGCUAAAUGACUGCAGUUUCCUGCCCAAGAUAUUAUCCGCCAACAAUAAAAACUAA